AUGUUUAUAGAACUUUUAAUUUUUACUUUUAUUUUAAUAUCCACUAAUUAUUCUUAUAAUUAUUUUGUACGUUUUAAAUCUCAUGAUGUACCUUGUUUAAUAUUAUCUAUCGAUAAUUUAUGGAUUCGAUGUAUAAUAAAUCAAUCAGAACCAUUAAAAUUUUUUAGUAAAACUUUAUUAUCAAAUAUCAAUAUUGAAUUUGCACUAUUAUCAAUUAAUAAUUUAACAUUACCAUCGAAUUUUUUUGUCGAUGAUAAUAAUAAUAAUAAUAAUAAAACAGUUUCUGAUGAUUCAUCAAUAAAGAAUAAUCGUAGUCUUAUUAUUUUUGAUAGUACACAAAAUUUUCAAUUAAAACAAAUCAAUAUUUUAAAAGAUACAUUUUUAAAUUUAUUUUCAAUAAAAAUACAUUUUAUUAUUCAUAAUUGUGGUUAUCCAAUACUUCAUAUUGAACGAAAUAUUUUUCAUUCUAAUAUAAUAAAACACAUACUUGUUACAUAUAAUAAUCGAAAUCGAACAGUUUUCUUAAAAGAUUUUUUUUCUCGUGAAUGUUUAAUUGAUGAAGAAAUUAUUUUUCAUAAUAAUAAUGAAUAUAAAUUAAUAAAAAUUAAUUUUUUAAAUAAAAAAAAACAAUUUAAUUCAACGAAAUUAUUUAUUAAUGGAUUACUUUUUAUUAUUAUAAUAUCCAUAACUAGUAUAUUAAUGUAUUUAAUUAUUAGAAAAACUACUAAGUUAAAAACUGUAUCUUUAUAUUAUGAUAUUUUACAAUCAGAUAGAAUAUCAAAUAUUUUACCUACAAGUGAAUCAUCAACAUCGAUUGUAUCAUAUGUUCUUUGA